UGCAUCUAAUGUUUUUUUAGUCACUCUGAUGUUAAAGAAAGUUUAUACUGUGUGUAUUGUAGGUUGCCUUUUGAGGACCAGAUUAUCAUAUUAUUUUCUAAUGUUAGUGCACUACAUCAUAGACAAGUCUUAAUACGAUCUAGCCUGUUAUCUGGUUCAGUGUAUAAAGUCCACAAAGCAAAGUGACCUUUGUCAUAGAAGUUGACUCGCCUGUCCUGUGCAGCUGGAGUAUUGACAGCUGUCUGCUCUCGCUCAAAUUUUUUAUACAUAUAAGAUGUACGUUUUUACAAUGAAAGCGAUCUUUAUUUUAAAAGUUAAUUUGUUUUAUACUGUAAUUCUGUACUGCAAUAUUUUCAGGGAAAGCAGUGUCUUGGAAACAGCUGCGUGUUUAAUGGUCAGAAACCUGUAUUUGUGUCUGCUUCCUCUGUGAAGUAUCGCCUCAGCUGCCCCGAGCUAACUUGACAAAUGAGAGUCUGGUUUGGUCCAUUACAUCAGAAGUGCUUUUUCUGCUUGUGCCUUUUAUUUCCUGUUGUUCAUACACAGUUAGCAUGACACUAGGCAUCGCCGAGUAUAAAUAGCCUGAUGUAGGCUGCAGUGCACAUGCUUUAAGUGUCAUGUGCCGCAAGGAGCUGGACGUGGUCUGUGGCUUUGCCCAGAGGAGAGUUUCUCAACACUUGAAAUGCUGUGCCUGGUGCAACCUGCAGUACUGUUUGCACAAUCCUAAUCUGGAAUAAAUGGCUGUAGAUUGCUCUCCGCGUAAGGCCCCAUGUUAGGUUUAUCUGAACACAGAGCUGUGGUUUGUGCUUUGUGCACAAGUGGCUUUGGCAACAAAGACUACAAGUAAUACAGUUUGGCCUCAGCGGUGCUCUCUUUUGUGGGAGUAAAUUGGACCAAAGGCAUAGUUCCCUUUUUGAGAAUGAGGGCGCUAUAUGAAUGACAGGACUUGUAUUGCCAUGACACAGUUUAAUAAAAAUCAAUUUUCAUAACAAAUGCAGUUUGCAGUGCCUGGAUUUCUUUUGGAUGUACAGUGUGUAUGUCUCCUCUCUAAUCUGUGUUUUUUACACAGGUUAAAUCUGUCAGAACAAACUACUGAGGUUGUGGUAUGGCACUAUUCUACAUUGCAGCGUGAAUGUGAAAGAGGCUCAGGGAUCAGAACACAUGGAUUUAGGAUUUAUUAUUGAGUUUGUCAAUAAUCAAUUAAUCAUGAUUUAUCCAGUUAGUUGUUGCAGUCCUUAAUACAUGUGAUGUUACUUUAGUGUUCAUAUUUAAUUCUGUCAGACAUCGAUACGACUGUGUUAAAACCUGUGCUUCAGUUUAAACGGAAUCUUAAUGUUUAAACAUAAAUGUAAUUAUCCCUCCAAAAAUCAGUAACUACUGCGUCUUGACCUUUGGUUUACCUCACAUUAAAUGCACAGUCAACAGUAAUGAAAAGGUCCAUAUGGAUAUUGCCGUCAUCUGAGCAGAACAUGAAGUGCAUCCCCGUCAGUCUAAUGAAGUGAAUGUGCUCGUCACUGUAGAGUUCAGUUUGGCCUGUGAGUGGCCUCCUCCUCAUACAGCCUCAUGUGACAGGAGUAAUCCCCAUGCUCCCAGAGUAAGCCUUUGUUCAGUGCUGACAGGUGCAGACAGGGCUGGCAGGUGAAGGCACUUCCCUCACGGCUGAAGGAGGAAGUCUGUCAAUCAAAGAGGCACAGAAUGAGAGGAGUCUUACACCAAAGACCAGAAUACACUCUUCUGCAAUACUAUACAGAGAUGUGAGUUUGGUCACCGGGUCUCCCAGAGUUCAGAUGGGCAUAACUGACAGAUGGAUUAGCCAAUCAGAAGCACACACAGUUCAUCAGCAUUAAAACAAACAUGACUGUGUAAGGACCAGACUGAUCUCUCUCUGUAUGUGGACUUGCCAAAAGAUUUUUCAACAGUGAGUAAUGGACACGAGAGAGCUGAAGGUGGUGGUGGGCAGCUUCACGGGGUUCCAGCUCCUCUGCUCGGUGGUCAGCCCACUCCUCUCCGCCGCCAUCUCGCCGGGAUAUGCUCAGCUGCCCUCCCCCAAGCACAUCGAGUGGAACUCCCGGAUGGUGUCCACUGUCCACGCCCUGAUUGUAGGCUUCUUUUGUUUAUACAUCCUGUGGUUCGACGAUGCAGUCAACGCUAACCCCGUCUGGGGUGACCCCAGCCUUGUCAAGUUAAAUGUAGCCAUAACAUGUGGCUACCUUCUCUAUGACCUUGUGCUGCUUGCAUGUAACUGGAGCACUAUGGGAGACAGCUUCUUCGUCUGCCACCACUUGGCGGCGCUCUAUGCAUAUGGAUAUGUGCUGACCCGCGGUGUGCUUCCAUACUUUGCCAACUUCCGUCUGAUAUCAGAGCUUUCCACCCCAUUUGUAAACCAAAGGUGGUUCUUCGAGGCGUUAAAAUACCCGCGCUCAAAUCGUAUGGUGGUACUAAACGGAUUGGCCAUGGCUGUGGUUUUCUUCUUGGUGCGUAUAGCGGUCAUGCCUUCAUACUGGGCCAGUGUCUUUGCCACCUUCGGCACUCCGGAGUUUGAGAGGCUGGGUUUUGGUGCCCAGGUGGCAUGGAUCACCUCCUGUAUCGCCCUGGACAUCCUGAACACCAUCUGGAUGUACAAAAUCACACGAGGAGCUUACAAAGUGCUGAUGGGCACAAGAGGGAGGAAGGGGAAGGACGCAGCCGAGUGUUCAGAUAAAAAAGACCACGUCAAUAAUCACACAGACUGAGUCUCCACAGAGCAAAUGUGAUGUUGAGCAGAACUCAAUAAACGUCCUUCAGUCUUCUGAAAGUAAGUGGUGUAGUGGGCUGGGACUCCUCAGGGUGCUCCCCAACAGGAGGCGAUUCUUCACUCCCUCUGGCACCAGCCGUGGAGGUCUCAGAGCUCCAACGGUUCCACCAAGCUCUAUGGUACACUGUCACAUGAUGUACAGUAUAUGGAAUUAGAAAUCAGGCUUUGUUGCAAGUAGCUUCUUCAACAUUGUUCAUAGUCAGAAUCCUACAAUACAACUCAGGUGUUUUGCCAAAAUCAAAGCAGCUGCUAAUAAGACUGAAUCAUCAGAAUCAUAUCAGAUUGUUUUCGCUGGCAUUGAUUUUUCACAAAAUCAAGUAUACUUUGGUGUCUGCGAUGUAAGUCCCAAAUCUGUUUAGGAAAAAAGAACUGCACAUAAGGUUCACUGGUUUAACUUAAGUUUAGUUUACUGGUAUACCAGUACUGUCUGUUCAUAGACAUUUGUAUCCAUAACCAAAGCUGAAAAAGUGUCAAACAAAAAUGUAGUUGUGCAAAAGUAUAAACGAUGCAAAACAUUUCUGCACUACUGUGCUGGCAGGGCACUAUUCAUUACAUUCAGUGUAUAUUAUAUAUAUUAUUAUUGUGGCCUUGCAUCUCAAGUAAAGCCUGCCAAAGCUGCAGCAAUAUGUAAACAUGUCCCUGUUCAAACCACUAUGGUUUGUUGAAGGGAUCUACAGAUGUACUGUACCGCUUGGUGGAAACCGAUUAUAUUUGAAGAUAAGAGCUUAAAGCACACUUUUUCUGGCUAUGUCCAUCUCUCUCUCCCACAUCAGUCCUGUCCACCAUAAACUUCAGCCAAAGUCCAAUCCUCUGAAGUGCCUGCGGACGACAGGAAAGCAAUAAUGCCCCCAGCGCCGCUCCUCUCUGUCUGCCCAGCCAACACCUGUCGGUGCACAGCCCUGCGCAGUCUGGAUCUAUAGUGAUCUUUAGUGAUCUUUAGGGCUCCUGUCUCUACACACCUGACACGUGGCUAACUGUAGACAGAACAACACCACAAUGCCUCACCUGCUGGUGCCUCCUCCCUCAACAGAAUGGCGCUGCCUCGAUCACCAGCCCUCUGGACUCUUUGUAAAACUGUACAUCUUUUUAUGAGCAGACUAUAUGCAUGUCAACGGAGAAGCAUGACACUGUCAUAUUAACCCAUCGGACCAUGUUGCCUUUUCAGUAUUCUUCAUUUGCUACGCUCCUCAUAACAUGUUUUGGUUAUUUGUGAUACAGCCUCAAAAUUGACACACAUGCGCUCAUGUCUCAUUUCAGUCGCAUUUUGCCUUGAAUUUGUCUUGUGUUCUACCUCUCUCAUUGACAAAGACUCACUUAGUGGUUCGUAGUAUCAUGGUGGUUCAGAAGGUUUACCAGUUCAACAUCUCCACAGUUGAUUCCAGCAAAUGCAGAGAAAAAGUGCUACCACUUAAAGCACAAAGCUCCCUCGUACCCCCAUCUGUGCCCCUCCUGUUGCGCCAAAUCUCACUGAAAUGAAAAAGGAUUCCUUCACAGUAUGGGGGGGAAAGUUUGGAAUAUGAUUUCCAGUUCUGCUAAAGUUUAAAAAAGAAAUGGGGCUGAAAAUGUUUCCAAAAUAUUCUCCCUAAACCCCAUGACACUUGGGAUUUAAGUGCAAUUGUCACAACAAGUCCCACUGUGCGAGUGGAAUUGAGUGCUGUUGCCCUUAAACAGUCAGGUGGCUUGAGGAAGAAGGAAAAAGUAAAUACAAAGUGCAACAAAACAUCAACUUGGUUUCAAUGUUGAAAACUGGUUUUAUUAUUCAGUACAACUGUAGCAGGCUCUACUUUAAUGUGUUGCUGGCAAAUUCUAUUUAUGCAAUACCUGGAUACAGGUCAGGUGCAUUUUCAUAAUUUUGUUCAUCUUGGCUCAGCCUAAUGCACUAUUUUAACAGUAUAUUUAAUCUCAGCUUUGAGACCUGGACUGUUGCCCAUAUUUGGCUUUGAAUGUGUAAAGUUAAAGAUUACCGAGCUCAUAUACAUCACAUUAUACAUUAUACAUUCAGCUUUUAGAAUGUAGAUUUACGCCAUGAUUGUACGUUGCAUUGUACCUCUUAAAUUCCUAUAGGAGCCCUGCAAAUGUUUCUCUGCACUUGUUGGCUGUACAAACCAACUAUGGUGCUGCAAACCAUCUGGAUAAAGCUCAUUGUAGCCCAUUAUAAUGUGUACAAAUGUAAAUCAUCUAUAGAGCAUGGAAUGCUAUAUUUUUGUGGCACCUUAGUGAAUAGUAAUGGCAGUAAUCUCCUGCCACAAAGCCUUUUCAGACACUGUAUGCAUGUUCUUCUCUUCAUUCCCUGCAUGCUGGACUAUACCGUACCUUUCUGCAUGUGGAUCAUUUGCACCAGUCUGUAUUUUGUAGACAACAAUCGCUACACUUUUCCCAGACAGAUUUCAAACCAAUUCUUCAAUCGUUUCUACAACGCUUGCAUGUUUACUCUUUAUGCUGCAGCCUGUCCUGAUCUGAGAAUGUGGACGUUCACUGUGUUCACCCUAAAGCACACUCCCCACGGAGCAAUACAAUAGUGUGAGCUCUCCGUUAAUUCUGUCUGACACCACAGAGGGGCGCUGCAGGACCUGUGCCUUCUACAAACGCUGGCUGUGAAUGAUGCAGUUGAGUCAAAAUUGCAUGAACUUUAUAUGUUUCUCCUGUCUUCAAGUCUGAUUUUUUUUGUUCCACUGGAGCACUAUGGGUAACUGUAGUAUUGAUAUAUGUUCAAAAUCAUAAUUCUACAAUACAGAAAGUGCAAGUGAGCUUGUGGUCUUGCAAGAUUUUCCCACUUGUAAAAGUUCUUCCCAUUUUAUAGCAACAUCUUGAAUCUCUGUGGGAUGUCGUGUUUAUCUUGUUCAGUAGUGCCCCAGUGGAAAAUCCCCAUAAUAUGCAUUUUAAAUGUGUAUACAAUUUUUCUAAUCUGCCUGCACAAUGACUAAUCCGGCCAAGUAUUAUUCGAAUCCAAAGCCGAAGACUGGACUAUUUGUGAAUGUGUUUAACCUUUACGUGGCAUUACCGCAUCCGAAAUCCUAAUCUAUUUUUGCAAUCUGUAGAUAUUUACACACGGGGAGGCUCACAUCUCACUUCUAUCUCCGUGGCCUCCUCUUUUCCAAACUGUGAAUAGUUGUAGAAUCAAACUGGAUGCUGCUGGCGACUGUGGCUCCCGUGCACAACACUAGCAUCAUAAUAAUUCUAUUGCGACCAGGACUUCUGGUACUGCAGGGUUUUUUACUCUUAUGUAUUUCAACCUCUAUAUUCGAAUUGAGCAAAUAAACAAAAGUAUAUGCUUGAAUGAGAAGGCUGCUGCUAUUAAAGGCCGUCUUGUGUUCUAGUGUACGGAGAACACUAUGAGAAAGACUUUGAUGAUUAUAUGAAAUACGGUACGUCCACGUUUGAACAAUUACAGCUGGUAUUAUGUAUUGCUGUAAAUCUGUAUAUCUAAUUUUGGUUUCUCAGUGUAAACAACAUUCACUUUCUGUAAUAAUAUUGUAAUCGUAACUGUUUGAUUGCAACGGUUAUGCUAAUCAAAUGAACUGUCUUAUGUUCCUAUUAUUUUAUUUUUGACUUUUAAAGCAAUGCAAUUUUUGAUUAUUUUGAUCCAUACUUUUCUUGGGGAAUUUUAAUGUGAAACAGGCUACACUACUUCCAGACCCACACAACGGGCCGGAGUGAAAUUUACGAUGACCACUACUAAUGAUGGUAGACGUGUAGUGCUGAAAACUGAGACUUACUUGAAAGUUUUGAUCUUCAAUAAAGUUGAAGAUAAUCGA